UCAAAGCUCUGUUCUGAGGUUUUAUAAAUACUAGAUUCAUCAUCAAACGAUUUUGGUGAGAAAUCUGGGAAUUUGAUGUUCUUGGGUUGUUGUUAAUAUUUUUUUUUGGGGGAAAUGAACGGGGCGGCCAAAUGACGCCCCCACCCCUGUGAUACCCAAAAGACCACUCCCUUUGUCAUUCAUUGGCCGCACUGGCGCAGGGCGGUGUGACGAGGGAGCGUUCUUUUCCCCUUAUAUUUGCUGGGGUUUACGAUUUUCUCUGUUGUUUCAAUUUUUUUCGUCCUGAUAUUGGGCCCCUGAGUUCUGCAUUUACAUGCCCACUUGGUUUACUGCAUGUGAUGAGAAGAUGAGUUGAUUCUUGGUUACAAGAUUCGAAACCCCUAUCCAGAAGCAGAGUAGAGGAGGAGAGAGCAAAGAAUGAAACUGCUUCAUAGUAUGCAAAAUUUGAGAGUCUUUUCAAGGGGAUAACACACUGGUAUCAAAGAUCUUCUGUUGGAGGAGGAAGACUGAGUCUUAAUGUGAAUGUGUGUUUUUUGGUGCAUUGUCUACUGCUAGUGGAUACUUGUACACAAUGGUGGUUGCUUCUGGAACUAAUUCGUAUGCCAAGGAGAUGGCCAUCCGAAAAAGGAUAGCAAACAUAUUUAAUAAGAGGGAAGAUGAUUUUCCAUCCUUGAGAGAAUAUAAUGAUUACUUGGAAGAAGUGGAGGACAUGACAUUUAACUUGAUUGAAGGCAUAGAUGUCCCUGUUAUUGAAGUGAAGAUUGCCAAGUAUCAGGAAGAAAAUGCAGAGCAGAUAAUCAAUGCUCGAGCUCGUAAGGCAGAAGAACUUGCAGCAGCUCUUGCAGCAAGUAAGGGACAACCUGCUCAGGCUGAUACAACAAUUGAUGGGGCUCCAAGUCAGAACUCUCAAGCAGGUGGUGGGCAGGGCCAUUAUGCACCAGCUAUACCGGGGGCCACACUUGGACAACCGCGACCAACAGGCAUGGCCCCACAACCUGUCCCGGUUGGAGGUGGGCUAGACAUGCAUGGUUAUGCAGCUGAUGAUAAAGAAAUGAUGAAGCUCCGCGCAGAGAGAGGUGGGAGGGCAGGAGGAUGGAGUGCAGAAUUGGGCAGGAAGAGGGCAAUUGAGGAAGCUUUUGCUAGCGUCUGGAUUUGAUUUCCCUUUAGACAUUCCUACAUAUUGGCCCAACAAACCGAGGGACAUUCACGUGAAAUGCAACAUGAUCUUCAACGAUGUUCUGGUUGGGCUGCUUAGUCUUCUUAUUGAGUGCAAAAGAAUAUCAGUUGUGUCAUCCUAUUAUUAUUGUUGUUAUUGAGAUGACAGUGGGAAGGUUGGAUCGAGUGUAUUUUACAGUGGAAUGAUUCGGUUCAAUAUGUGGAAAGGUUGACCGACUGUAUCUUAA